UCCCAGCACGCUCCUCCCCGAUGCGCAGCUCACAGGGUGGCUACGAGGAGGACAUGAGACCAAGGAUGCCAAGCGUGGUCGCCAGCACUCACUUUAUGACAUGAUGAGCGAGCUUUCCCUCCAGGCCAGCACGCAUCUCCCCACUCUCACUGAGGUCACGUGGUUUGGGCUUGUCCCCCAGCCAUGCCCCAAGGAGGAGAUGACGAUAGAGAUCUCUGUAUUCCGAAUUUUUCUAAGUCCUUCCCCCUCUCCCCCCGAUCCGGAAGCUGAUGGGAAUAAAGAUCUUAUCGGGAGGUUAGUUUUUUAUCGGGACCAUCAGCAGCCCUCCCAGGGGAUCGGGCGCAGGUCAGAGCGCAUAUAUGGGCAGCGCUGGCCCCUCGCCGCACCCUCCGCACCGAGCCUUCCGGAGGACGUGACGCGGGAGAACGCACAAUGAGGUGGAUCGGGUUCCUCAGCCUGGUGGCCCUGUCCGAGUGCCUGGUGACCGUCCCUCUGACGAAGAUCAAGUCCAUGCGGGAGAGCCUGCGGGAGAGGGACCUGCUGAGAGACCACCUCCAGCGGUACGCCCACAGCCGGGCCAACAAGCUCCUGCGCCAGCCGCGCGUCACCGUCGAACCCAUGAGGAACUACCUGGACAUAUACUACGUUGGCAUCAUCAGCAUUGGAACGCCCCCUCAGAAGUUCAAGGUCGUCUUUGACACUGGCUCAGCGGACUUGUGGGUGCCCUCCAUCUACUGCUCCAGUCCCGCCUGUGUGACACACAAAACCUUCAAACCUCGGGAGUCGUCCACCUUCCAGGACGCGGACCGGCCCAUCUGGCUGCUGUACGGGUCCGGCAGCAUGACCGGGCUGCUCGGCUACGACGACGUGCGGGUCGGGGACCUUGUCUGCAAAUCCCAGGCAUUCGGCCUGAGCACGACAGAGUCCGGCAUUGCCUUGGAGUUUGCCGCCUUCGACGGCAUACUGGGCCUGGCCUACCCCACCCUCGCCCUCAAGGACACCACCCCGGUCUUCGACAGCCUGUGGAAGCAAGGCCUCCUGCCUGAGAACCUCUUCGCCUUCUACCUGAGCAGCAACAAGGAGAAGGGCAGCGUGGUGAUGUUCGGUGGCGUGGAUCACUCCUACUACCGGGGCGAGCUCCAGUGGGUGCCGGUGAGCACGCAGGGCUUCUGGCAGAUCACUGUGGACAGCAUCUCCAUGAACGGGACAGUCGUGGCCUGUCCCGGCGGCUGCCAGGCCAUUGUGGAUACCGGGACCUCGCUGGUGAUUGGCCCACUCGACCCCGUCCUCAACAUUCUGAAGAACAUCCACACCUGGACCACCAGCACCGGCGAGUACGUCGUCAGCUGCGAUGACGUCCAGAGCCUGCCUGACAUCGUCUUCACCAUAAACAAUGUCACAUACCCAGUGCCAGCCAGCGCCUACAUCCGGAGGGAGCGGACCGACAUCUGCUUCAGCAACUUGGACAUCGACACCUCAGGCAGCUCCAGCCUCUGGAUCCUGGGGGAUGUGUUCCUACGACUCUAUUUCACCGUCUUCGAUCGCGCCAACAACAGGAUCGGCUUGGCCCCUGCGGUGGUGUAGACGAGGGCGCUGCUCCGGGAGGCCACCGGGCCCGCCCCAGGACUCGCACACACUCCCUGCGUCCCCGCCCAGGGGACCCGGCUACAGCUGUGUCUGGGGCUUUGCCGACCCCUAUUCUCAAUGGUCACUGGUUUGAUUCCUGGUCAGGGCACAUGCCCCGGGGGUUGCAGGCUCGGUCCCCAGGAGGGGGCAUGCAAUGGGCAGUCCAUCGAUGUUUCUCUCUCUCCCUCUAAAAAGUCAUAAAAACAUUGAUUUUUUUUAACAUAUUGAUUUUUAAUAAACGGUCUCAUUUCAAUGGCGCUAAAACGAGUGGUGCCUCUGCCUGGGCCUGGGAAGUGCGUCAGUCAGGCAGGGUUCUGGGAUCCAGUCCGGACCACCAGGGCGGGAACCACCUCCAGCCGGCU